AUGGCUCAGGAUGCAUCUGCCAUGGGCGGGGAAAUCGGCGGUAUUGCCGUUAGCGCCGAGGACUGGGUCUAUGUCGAGGACUAUUGCAUGACGCUCGGCGAGGAAACCCAGGCCGAUUCCGUCGAUGAAGAUCCGUCUUCGACUGAGGAGUUGACCACGGAGUCGAUCGACCUUUCGACCAUCACCCGCGACGACUGCGUCGAGGCCGGCCUGGUUGAUGGACCGGUGACCGGUGGUUCCGAUGGCGGCGAAAUGGACGACGGCAUGGAAGCCGGAGAUGAGGAAGGCGACGCUCAGUAA